CUAUUUCACGUCACCUCCGCCACGCCGGGCUUCGAGCAUCCGGAGAGGUCGCGGCGGGGAUUACAUUAGACAGGAUUGUUUCUCUUCCGGUGCUGGACGCUGUAUUAGGGGAGGCUUUAGGACCGCAGCGUCCGCUAGUGACAGGCUCUUCCCGCAGAGCGGUCCUUGGCGUUUCUAGCCCGGUUAAAAUUGUGGACGGGUACGGUGGCCGAGGAGGUUUGAGCGCGCCGGAAGUGUUCCCCGGCGCUGGCGCCUAAGCCGGGCCGGAGACGCACGUGGCGCGACCGGAGGGAGCAUGUCUUUCCGAGGCGGCGGUCGCGGAGGCUUUAAUCGCGGUGGUGGAGGCGGCGGCGGCGGCUUCAACCGUGGCGGGGGUAGCAACAACCACUUCCGAGGGGGAGGCGGCGGAGGCGGCGGCAAUUUCAGGGGCGGCGGCCGAGGAGGAUUUGGACGAGGGGGCGGCCGUGGAGGCUUUAAUAAGUUCCAAGAUCAAGGACCUCCAGAACGUGUCGUCUUAUUAGGAGAGUUCAUGCAUCCCUGUGAAGAUGACAUCGUUUGUAAAUGCACCACAGAGGAGAACAAGGUGCCUUACUUCAACGCUCCUGUUUAUUUAGAAAACAAAGAACAGAUCGGGAAAGUGGAUGAGAUAUUUGGACAACUUAGAGAUUUUUAUUUUUCAGUUAAAUUGUCAGAAAACAUGAAGGCAUCUUCCUUUAAAAAGCUACAGAAGUUUUAUAUAGAUCCCUUUAAGCUGCUGCCACUACAGAGGUUUCUGCCUCGUCCUCCUGGUGAGAAAGGACCUCCCAGAGGCGGCGGCGUUGGUGGCAGGGGAGGUCGAGGAGGAGGAAGAGGAGGUGGUGGCCGAGGUGGUGGAAGAGGUGGUGGCUUCAGAGGUGGAAGAGGAGGAGGUGGGGGCUUCAGAGGAGGAAGAGGAGGAGGAGGAGGUGGAUUCCGAGGAAGAGGACAUUAGAUGUGGCAGUUGACAGACCACCAUGGCUUUUUCACCACGUGACCUGCUGCUGCUGCUGUGACUGAAGUCUCUGGAGCACCCUUGAGGCUGCGCUGUGACAGUGGAGCAGAUCGUCAGCACUGGAGACAAACGAGGGGCAGGCAGACAAUCCGCCUGGCCCGGAAAGAGCGUGAAGAACCUGCCUUGUACAGUGCCUGCACUCUGGGUGCUUAAAGAACAAUGGGACUUUUUAUUUGGAGCAUAUUUGGAUUUUUUAAAUAAAAUUUUUUAUUUCUUUAACUCAGUGUUUAUUGGACCAACCCUGUUUUUUUAAAUUUGGAGGAACAAGCAAAGUUUAAACUUGAAUUACAGAUAGAAAAGGUGGGGUAGGUGAGAUUUGUUUAAAGAUACUACUGUGAUUCUAAAAGGCACCAGACACACUCAGACGAACAACUCUCCACCCCCAACAAACCAGGCUGUUGGAACAGUACUUUAAACUACUUGGAAAUGAACUCCUCAUUCAGAAUGCCUUUUGAAAAGGGACAACAGCAGCAUUUGCUGUAUUUCACUUUUGUGUUUUAUAAUACGCAGAAUAAAGCUGUUUUUAUAAUA